AUGUAUCUGAGAGGAGCUGUCGCGGCCACCUUGGCCACCACCGUCUUGGCCCAGACCCAGCAGGGCUUCAACUACGGAGCCACCAACGAAGACGGCUCUUGCAGAGGCUACGAUGACUUCGUGAGCUACUUCAACACCGCGAAGAGCUUGGCCGGAACAUCGGGCUUCGCAUCUGCCCGCCUCUACACGUCGAUCCAGUGCGGCACGGUAAACGACCCGAUCUCGGCUUACCAGGCCGCGAUCGACACCGAUACUCAGAUCUUGGUGGGCCUGUGGGCCAGUGCCGGCCGCGGAAUCUACGAGAACGAACUCAACUCUCUGCUGCGCGCCGCCGAGCAGUAUGGCACCGCCUUCACCGACCGUGUCGUCGGCAUCAGCGUCGGCUCUGAGGAUCUCUACCGCAGCAGCCCCGAUGGCGUUGCCGCCAACGCCGGCGUCGGCGCCACCGGCGCCGAGAUUGAGGGAUACAUCGGCUGGUUGAGGGACUGGAUCCGCGGCACCGCGCUCGAGGGCAAGCCCAUCGGCCACGUCGACACCUGGACCGCGUGGGUUAGAGGCGAGAACGCCGGUGUCGCCGCCUCUGUUGACUGGCUCGGCCAUAACUCCUUCCCCUACUUCGAGUCGACCAAGCCCAACGCCAUCGAGCAGGCCGCCGACAACUUCUGGACUGCCGUGGGUAACACCGAGAGUGUUGCAGGAGGAAAGCCUGUGUACAUCACCGAGACUGGCUGGCCGCACAUCGGUCCUCAGUCGGGCGCUGCUGUCGCCUCCGUCGACAAUGCUCACACCUACUGGUCUCAGGUCGGCUGCGCUCUGUUUGGCCAGCGCAACGUUUGGUGGUACACCCUUCUUGAUGCGAACACUGCGCAGACCGACAUCUCCUUCGGCGUGACGCCGGCAGGCAGCUCGACUCCCGUUUUUGAUCUUAGCUGUUAA